UUUAUAACCAUUAGAUAAAGAUGUGAUAUCUUCAAAUAUACACCUUACUUAUAAAUAGUCGCGAUGAUAUAUCAACUGCGAGUUUGAAUUAAUGACUUUCGAAGUAUAUUUCAUUGAUGAAAUCAUUAAACUUUGAGUUUCGACUUAUAAUAUUUUUGUAUUAUGAACCACAGCACGUAAAGUAUUAUAAUCGAUAUUUCUGAAAGUCGAUUAAUCGUUUUACAGAAACAUCGACGAAAACAAUUGAUUGUCAGCAGAAAGCGUCGAUGUUUAAAUAAUCGGAGAAUAUCGCCUAUCCCUAGAGUGGACUGCAUCAUGGUCCACGAUGUUAUUAGAAAUCGAUUCGAGAUCUCGGUCCGAGAAAUAUAUAGCCAAUCAACUUGCGGCUUUUCCGUAAAAGUGCAAGUUGAUUGGCCACAUGUUUCUCGGAUCGAGAUCUCGGAUCGAUUUCUAGCAUCGUGGACACAAAGCUCAAGGAAGAUUUUACAUAGUAUGUACUUAUAGGUAUUAUUUUUGCGACAUGGCAUCGUUUAAAAAAAUAAAUACGAAAGUAUUUACCAGAGCCAGUCCAGAAUUAACGGAGGAUAACAUAUACUGGAAAAAAUAUACGCCACCAGUUUUGGUAAAAGAGUUUGGUCCAAUAGACUACGUCGAUUUCUCGCCAGUGGAACCACAUUACUUUGCAGUUACCUGUUCGGUACGAGUGCAGGUAUACAAUCCCAUCACGAAGUUGGCCAUAAAAACUUACAGCAGAUUCAAGGAAGCUGCGUACGGAGGUUGCUUUCGUAGAGAUGGCAAAUUAUUGUGCGCGGGUGGAGAAGAAUCGGUCAUUAGGUUGUUUAAUAUUGGAGCAAAUAACAUGCUGCGGCUGUUUUCUGGACAUAAGGCGGCAGUGCACAGAGCUCUCUUCACUGCUGAUGAUCUCCACAUUGCCUCAUUUUCCGAUGACAAAACGGUGAUAUUGUGGGACAUUUCCACUGAGAAACAACUGACAUCCUUUAACGAUCAUACCGAUUACAUCAGAGCGGGUGCUGUGAGCCCUGUAUCUACUGAUGUACUAUUGUCGGGUGGAUACGACAAGCUCAUACACAUGUAUGAUACUAGAACGAAUAAGAAGAUACUCAGCGUUAAUCAUGACGCACCAGUAGAAAGUUUACUCUUUUUGCCAACUGGAGGAAUAUUUUUAUCUGCAGGAGGAACGGAUAUCAAAGUGUGGGACGCUCUUACGGGUGGCAAAUUACUCGCGAAGAUCACUCAGCAUCAUAAAACGGUAACUUGCUUAAAAAUCGCUUCCAACGGCCACAGAAUAUUGUCCGGUUCAUUGGAUCGACACGUUAAAGUUUACGACACCGGGACGUACAAAACUCUUCACACGUUGGACUACCCCAAUGCAGUUCUCAGUAUAGGGAUUAGUGCAGGCGACGAGACCAUCGUGGCUGGCAUGGUGGACGGUCUGAUCUCCGUUAGAAGGCGCGAGGAGGAUGCGAAGAACGUGAUGAAACCGAAACGCAAAAAAGUAUCGUACAGGCACGCGGGUGAAAAUCUGCACGUGCGCAGUGUCGACGUGGUUGUGCAGCAGGGAGUUAAAGAGAUAAUGAGCAAGCACGACGCCUGCCUGCGCAAGUUCCAGUACAGCAAAGCGCUCGACUGCGUCAUGCUGAAUUACGUGGUGAACAAGACGCCGCACGUCACUGUCGCGCUUACGCAGGAACUUAUCAGACGAGAGGGCUUGAGGCGAGCGCUCGCCGGUAGAGACGGCAAGUCCUUGGUUAAUAUCAUUAAGUUUUUGAACAAACACAUCGGCAGCAUCCGUUUUGGCAGAGUACUGUUGCACGUGGCGAACGUCUUGUUAGACGUAUACGAGGACCAUUUGGACGAACUCUCGGAGGAAUCUCGAAGAAUGUUUGCCAUAUUAGCGCAAAAGCUACAGGAGGAGGAGCAGUUAAUCAUAGCCUUGACGCAGUUACAAGGCUCGAUGCAAAUGAUACUGUCUGGGGCGGAGACGGUUCCUUCACCUGCCAUAAAGGAACAUCAGAGUUUAGAGCCGUCGUCAAACGCUGCUCAAACGGAACGUGAUCUUGUCUUAAGCAUAGCUUAAAUUGAAUAUAAAAUAUCGUUCAAUUGUAAAAUAAUAUUUCCUGUAUAUAAAUUCGCAUUAGUGUUCAAUUUUUCAAAAUAAUAAAGGAAUAAUUUAGAUUUCGUUCACAAAUAC